ACCAACCCUUCUUCUUGUUUUAUUUUAAAACAGUUUAUGGCAUGACGGAUUACCGCUUACCAACGAUGAAUCUGUGGACGGACGAUAACGCUUCGAUGAUGGAAGCUUUCCUGGCUUCCGAUCUAGGUUUUGGUUGGGCUUCUUCGUCUUCGGCUUCGACGACACCUAAUACAGCUGAUCCCUCCAGAAUUCUCGCUCAAGCUCAACCCCUGCCUUCGAUGUUACUCAGUCAGGAGACGCUUCAGCAGAGGCUACAAACCCUAAUUGAGGGUGCUCGCGAGAGCUGGACUUAUGCGAUUUUCUGGCAAUCUUCGGUUGACAACAUGUCCGGUGCUUCUCUGCUAGGGUGGGGUGAUGGGUAUUAUAAGGGAGAAGAGGUUAAGAUGAAGAGGAAGAUGACGCCUGCUUUGGCGGCGGAGCAGGAGAGCCGGAAGAAAGUGUUGCGAGAUCUCAAUUCAUUGAUCUCCGGUGUGCCGGCUUCUUCCGACGACACUGUCGAUGAAGAGGUUACCGAUACAGAGUGGUUCUUUCUUGUAUCGAUGGCUCAAUCGUUUGUUGAUGGUGGUGGUCUUCCUGGUCAAGCGUUCUUCACUUCGACACCGGCUUGGCUUACCGGAAGAGAGAGGCUUGCGAGUUGUUCUUGCGAGCGAGUACGGCAAGGGCAGGUCUUUGGGUUGCAGACGAUGGUUUGUAUUCCUUCUGCGAAUGGCGUGGUUGAAUUAGGUUCGACGGAAUUGAUUUUCCAGAGCUCGGAUCUGAUGAACAAGGUUAGGGUUUUGUUUAAUUUCAACAAUCUUGAAAUGGGUUCUUGGCCGACGGCUCAGACGGACCAAGGUGAGAACGAUCCGUCUUCGCUCUGGCUCUCAGAUCCGUCUUCAUCGGUGAUCGAAAUUAAAGACUCUGUUAAUACGCCCCCAGCUGCUACUGCUGCUGUUACUGCUACAACUACAGCCCCUACCAUUGUUCCUGAGAUUUCCAAGUCAAUUCAGUUCGAACAUCCAAGCACGAGUAGCUUAACUGAAAACCCUAGCACGAUAACCAUACAGCAUCAUCAGCAGACACAGACGCAGAGCUUCUUCCCUAGAGAAUUGAACUUCUCUGAAUUUGCAUUCGAUGGAAGCAGUGCCAUGAACGGAGCUUCUUCGUGCAAGCCGGAGUCUGGCGAGAUCUUGAAUUUUGGGGAGAGCAAGAGGACCUCGAGCAGUGCUAAUGGUACUCCGUUCUCAAACAAUUCAACACAAUUUGCUGCAGAUGAUAAGAAGAAGAAGAGAUCUGCCACAUCAAGGGGCAGUAACGAAGAGGGCAUUCUCUCAUUCACUUCCGGGGUAGUAUUGCCUUCUUCUGGUGUUGUUAAGUCAAGCUGUGGAACCGGUGAUUCUGAUCACUCUGACCUUGAAGCUUCGGUUCGAGAGGCUGAGAGUAGCAGAGUAGUUGACAUUGAGAAGCGACCUCGGAAGCGAGGAAGGAAACCCGCCAAUGGCCGAGAGGAACCACUGAACCAUGUUGAAGCAGAGAGACAGAGGCGUGAGAAGCUCAACCAAAGAUUCUACGCAUUACGGGCUGUGGUACCCAAUGUCUCCAAGAUGGACAAAGCUUCCCUUCUUGGUGAUGCCAUUGCUUACAUCGAGGAGCUCAAAAAGAAGCUGAUAACGACUGAAUCAGACAAGGAGGGUUUGCAGAGUCAAGUUGAUGCCCUGAAGAAGGAGCUAGCUAGUAAAGAAUCCAGAUCUUCUGGGCCAGUUAUACCUGUACCUGAUAAUGAUCUUAAGUUCUCAAGUCAAGGAAGCAAACCAUCGGAUAUGGAAAUUGACGUGAAGAUACUUGGUUUGGAAGCCAUGAUUCGAAUCCAGUGCAAUAAGAAGAACCACCCAGCAGCAAGAUUAAUGGCUGCUCUGAAGGAGCUGGACCUAGAUGUUCAACAUGCAAAUGUCUCUGUGGUGAAGGAUUUGAUGAUUCAACAGGCUGCAGUGAAGAUGUCAAACAGGAUAUUCAGUCAAGAACAUCUCAGGAUUGCUCUAUGUGCCAAAGUUGCAGACCCUCGAUGAGCUUUUAAUAGCCCAGUUCAUACUUGAGACUUGUACAACGGCGGUCACUGGAAAGUUUUAAGAUCCCGGUGAGCAAGUUAUGUAUAUUGUUAUAUAGCAGCUCCAAAAUCUAUCUGAGUUGCAGCAAUGAAACGCUGGAGCUGAAUUCUGAAGAAGAAGAAGAUGAGAGGUCGAGUUCAUCAGUGGAAGUCCUCCGACGACAUGAGUAAUGAGAUAACUGGCAAGCCUUUUCGUGUUCAUCUUCAAUGCUUCUUCUUCUUCUUCUUCUUCUUCAUGAGUGUAUAUAGGAUCUGAGUUUUCUUUUUGGGUGGUUCUACUAGGCUCUAGCUUGUUAAUUUAGGGAUAGUAAUCUUGUAAUUUAAGUGGGAUUUCCAUAGUUGGCUGGUUCAGUACUUACUGAGACUUAGAAUCUGAUGAUGGUCUCUUGUAAUUUCAUCCUUGUCAUUCUAGUGAAUAUAAAUCCCAAGUUAAGACUGUUUGAA